GGAUUAAUAAAAUAGCUGAUGGAAUGAUCCAUUUGAAGUUUGUAAAGGCAUCUUGUGAAGCUGGCUGGAGUAGCCUUUUUCUUUUUUCAAAAAAGGAUGCCUGUUAAUUUUGUGAUUCAGUUGGUUCCUGAAUGCCUGUUUUAAAAUGAGCUGGGAGACUGCUACCUGUCCAUUUCUGCAUGGCUGAGCAAAUGCAUCCGUAAAUCCAAGUUUCUCUUCAUUUCCAUCUCUACACAUGUCCAAAUUACAGAGACUUCAUUCCUGAACUGGAGAGGUGCCAGAAGUUUCGCAUCUAGCUGUCUGUGGGCUGCCUUUUUCUUUCCCCUCUUUGAGCCUCUCUGACGCCUGGAGUGAGCUCAGCUGAAAGGUUUCCAGCCUCCCGCUCGCUCGCCCCACACUCCCCCACAGUCACAUCGAGCUCUGGAUUCUGAGCAACACCGUGUGCCAGCAUCUGAUUCACAGCCUCCUCUCACCUGCCGGUGUUCCAGAAACUUCACAAUGCGGCUGGAAGAACUGAAAAGAUUGCAGAACCCUUUAGAACAAGUUAAUGAUGGAAAAUAUUUACUGGAAAACAUCCAGCGAGCCUGGCGGGAGUACCUGCAGCGGCAGGACCCCCUGGGGAAGCGGAGCCCGUCCCCACCCUCCGUGUCCUCGGAAAAGCUGAGCAGCUCGGUCAGCAUGAACACUUUCUCCAACGGCAGCACACCCGUGAGUACCACAUUUCCUUUGCGCAGCCGACUCGCCCUCAGCUGAUAACAGGGCUUGGCUUCCUAGAGAGAAACCUCGGGUUGUGAGCGGAUGUUUGUGAUAGUGAGGGUGUGUGCUGCUUAUUUAAUACAUGUGAACCCAGGGUGGGAGUGUUGUCACCUUGAAACAGAGACGAUUCAUGCGCACAAAGUGAACUUUAUUGAGUCUGGAGGAAACUGGUUGCUUUUGAAAUCAACUUAACCUGCUCACUUGUGUGUUUUCUUUCAUUCCUCUGUUACUGAGAUUUGUUUUUAAAUGACAAUGUGUUUCUUUUCUGUGCGUCUGGUAGCAUUUUGUGAUGCUAAUAGGAGAGAUUAGUUAGGUUCUAAGGAUGACUUAUAAUGAGAACUUUUAAAGGAAGACUGAAAGUGUUCACACACUCCAGAUUAGUUAGGUUCUA